AUGGAUUAUCCUUUUCAUACACCUUCAUAUCAUAGUAGAGCAUUCCUCCUAUCUAUCAUACAAAUCCCUCUUUUUCAACUCCUACCACACCUUCAUUUCUAUCUUUUCCAUAGAAAUUUUUUAUACCUUGUUACACUCAUGAUGCAAGUAUCUCAUCCUUAUUUUAAGAAAAGAUCCAAAACAACCUCUCAAACACCGAUUCGAUCCAUAACCCUUCUGUCCACUUUCUGGAACCUCUCAUCCUUUUCUUCCAACCCUUUAUCAUCUCCCAAACCCACUUCAAACCUACCUCAAAAACCCCACAAACAGAACCACACAUCUCCAUCACCCUCUUCCACAUUCACCCGCAACAGAGCCCAGAGACUUUUACACUGGCGCCGCUCUGAUAAAAUCUGUCCCGAUCUCAUCCAGAGUAAGGUUGAACCACAUCCCGUUCCAGUUCCAGUUCCAACACAAGAGGAACUUUAUCGUGUUCCCGUUCAUUUUGCUAGAAACAAUGCAUCGCAAGAAUUUUUCGAAUCAGAGGAUAAAUCUCUCGUUCAGGAUGAUUAUCAGGAAUAUUGUGAAUCGGAUUUGGAAGAUAAAGAUCUUGUUAAGGAUCUUUGCAAGAAAUCUAAACUUUACGAAGGUCUUCUCAAACCUAAUUCCGCCAAAGAGGAUAUUGCCGAAGUCGUUCCGAAGAGCUUCAACCAUAUCAAGUCGAUGAUGUCAAAGAAAUCGAGCGCCUCAAGGGACUUGCAGUGA